GGGGCGGGACGGGGUGGGCGGGGACGGAGGGGGCGGAGCCGCGCGGCUGGGCGCGCGGGGGUCGCGGCUCCGAGCAGGUGCGCGAGAGCGAGCGCUGCUACAGCGGGCGGUAUGGCGAGCACGGCGUCGGAGAUCAUUGCCUUCAUGGUUUCCAUCUCCGGCUGGGUGCUGGUGUCCUCCACGCUGCCCACCGACUACUGGAAGGUGUCCACCAUCGACGGCACGGUCAUCACCACGGCCACCUAUUGGGCCAACCUUUGGAAGAUGUGCGUUACCGACUCCACGGGCGUCUCCAACUGCAAGGACUUCCCCUCCAUGCUGGCUCUAGACGGUUAUAUCCAGGCAUGUAGAGGACUUAUGAUCGCCGCCGUCAGCCUGGGCUUUUUUGGUUCCAUAUUUGCCCUGUUUGGAAUGAAAUGUACCAAAGUCGGAGGCUCAGAUAAAGCCAAAGCUAAAAUUGCUUGUUUGGCUGGGAUUGUAUUCAUACUGUCAGGGCUGUGCUCCAUGACCGGGUGUUCCCUGUAUGCAAACAAAAUCACAACAGAGUUCUUUGAUCCCCUCUUCGUGGAGCAAAAGUAUGAAUUAGGAGCUGCUCUGUUUAUUGGAUGGGCAGGAGCCUCACUCUGCAUAAUUGGUGGUGUCAUAUUUUGCUUUUCAAUAUCUGACAACAACAAAGCACCCAGAAUGGGAUACACAUACAAUGGGGCCACAUCUAUCAUGUCUUCUCGGACAAAGUAUCACGGUGGAGAAGAUUUUAAAACCACAAACCCUUCAAAACAGUUUGAUAAAAACGCUUACGUCUAAAAAGAGCACUGCCCUCUAGCCGUGUCUUGAGCUUGUUUUAAACGUGAACUGUUCACAGAAUGCUGCCAUCAAGGCCCUCCUACAAUUAACACUCAAACUAUUUUUAAAAUACAAAUUUGAAGAACUUGUUGAUUAUCGGAUGUAAAUGUUCUUACAUAGUUACAUACUGAUCAUAUUCUGUUGUGGCUUUCUAUAAAAAAUAAACAGGCUAUUUACAGGAUUUGUAUAUAUUUUAUACAUCGUAAAAUAUGUAUAUGUAUUUAGCACCAAAGAUUCCAGUAUUCGUAACGUAGCCUUCUUAAUCAUUCAGACCUUGCAGUCUUUGUCUCCAUUUUUUGUUUCUUUUUCUUCGUAUAUUAAACAGAAGGUGUAUAA